AUCCUCCGCUUGAAGCCGUUCAUCAUAACUGCAUUACAAACCUAACCAACGGAGCAACAUGAACUCUCAGGUGAGACAAAAUUUCCACCAGGAUUGUGAGGCUGCCAUCAACCGGCAAAUCAACCUGGAGUUGUACGCAUCCUACGUCUACCUGUCUAUGUCAUACUACUUUGACAGAGAUGACCAGGCUCUACACAACUUUGCCAAGUUUUUCCGCAAGCAGUCGCAUGAGGAGCGCGAGCAUGCAGAGAAACUGAUGAAAGUCCAGAACCAGAGGGGAGGAAGAAUCUUCCUGCAGGACAUCAGGAAACCAGAGCGUGACGAGUGGGGCAGCGGUGUGGAGGCUCUGGAGUGUGCACUACAGCUGGAGAAGAACGUCAACCAAUCCUUGCUGGACAUGCACAAGGUGGCCUCUGAUCACAUUGACCCUCAUAUGUGUGACUUCAUUGAGACGCACUACCUGGACGAACAGGUGAAGUCCAUUAAGGAGCUUGCUGAUUGGGUCGCUAACCUGCGCCGUAUGGGAGCGCCUCAGAAUGGCAUGGCUGAAUAUCUGUUUGAUAAACACACACUGGGCAGUGAAAGCAGCUAAACCCCUUCACACCGGGACAAACCAUCCUACCAUCUGAAUUUUUGGUGUAAUUAAUUGCUCUCGGCUUUCUCCUGCUUCAACAAUUCUGUUGCUGGUUUGUGUCAUUUCCCUGUGUGUGCUAUUUUACUCCUAAUGUUCAAUCAAAUAAACAAAUUGUUGGGAAAAAAAAUCCCUUUGAUUCGUUUA